AUAUAAAAAAUACUUGUUCCCUUGGUACCGUAGUUUAUGGGACCUAUAAAAGUGGCACAAAUAGUCAUUGUUUCUCCUUCUAUUGUUUCACGUGAUAAUAGAAAACCCUCCUAAGAAAACCCUAUCACUCCUCCUAUUAAGCCAUGGCUGCUCAACCCAGACGAGGCGGAAUUUCCCUACCCGAGAGACGAUCUGCCUCCAAACCCGACUCCAGCAUUAUCGCCAGGAUCACUUCCUCCCCUAUUGUAUCCCGUGGUAAGCAAGCGGCGUGCGACGCCGCUUUCGUCUCUAAGAAACUCCUCCGCAGCACUGGCAAAGCCGCGUGGAUCGCCGGAACAACCUUCUUGAUCUUAGUUGUCCCUUUGAUCAUCGAGAUGGACCGCGAGCAGCAGUUCACUGAGCUCGAGCUCCAGCAAGCUAGUCUUCUCGGUGCGCCGCCCACUGCACCCGCCCACCCAUAAGUAAUCGGGACUGGUCAUAUCGGGUCAGAGCUAGUUUAUCAAAAUUGUGGCUGUUUUGUGGUUAUUGUAGUAAAACCUUUUAGAUUUAGUUUUAGGAUUUUUUUUUAAUUUAAAUAAGAUUUUACUUUUUUGGUGUUUAAGUCUUAAUUAUUUGUCGGAAUGUUGUUAUUGGACUUCGUUUUAUCAAGUUUAUGCCUAUGAAAUUUAGGUGAAACUGCGUUGUGUUUGACAUUGUUGUGAUAAAGUAAAAUUGAACAUUGAGAGUGUUCAUUUGAGUACUUUUGAAUGAAAUUAAAUGGUUGGGGAAUGAAUUUUUUAAGUGUUUGAUUGCAAAUAGUGAUAGGGGGAUUCAUUGUGAUAGCAGGGAUGAAUUGCUCUAGUUUGUAUGUUACAUGAAAACUACUCCUUCAUCAUCAGUUUGGAAAUAUAUAGAAUGAAUGAACCAUAGUUCUAAGGGGUAAGAACUAUGUUUUAUGGUUGUAUUUUGAUGUACCAAAGAUGUAAGCAAAUGCAUUUACUUAAUCACUUUGCCUUUGAUCUGCGAAUGCAGAUUAUUUUGUAGCAUUUGAGUGUACAUGAUAUACAUAGAUAUGUGAAGAGUUUCUGCUUUCUGUCUAGGAAGUCUUAUAUUUCAGUAUUAGUCCUUUUCAUUAAUUGCAUUCCGGUGCUUCCUAUUCACAUUGGUGAUGAAUAGUUUGGAUUGGGAGUUGGA